AAUUUCUAAAAUUUAAUUUUCGAUUUUAUCAUAUAUAUGGCGCAAAGUUCUGUAAUAACGAUAAAAACAACGAUCAAAUAUUUUAUGAAAGGAAAAUACAUUGCAUUAAUUUUCAUGUGUAUUUUUGUCUUAAAUAUGCGUCGUUUCUUUUCAGAAUUUAUGCGUUGUUUCUCCUCGGUAUUUGUACGUCAUUUCACACCUUCUAUACCAUAUGCUAUACCACCUACCGCACCACCUAUCAUACCACCUACUAUAUCACUUUACAUUCGACCUUCCGUACCACUUUCCGUAUCACCUAUAACAUGUAUCGAAAGAUCUAAACAAGGUGUUACAUUCAACAGAGAGUUAUUUGCAUUAAUUGGAGGUGUAUUUGUAUUCUGUUCAUUUGCAUUAGGAAAUCAUUGGAGCUUGAAGAACCAAAUAGGUUCAGAGAAAGAAAGACAAGAAAGUAUAAGCAAAGAAAUUCUGGCAAAAUUGAAAGAACAGAAAGAAGUGAAUGAAGUAAAUGAAGCAAUUGAAGUAGUAAAUGAAAUAAAUGAGGUAAAUGAAGAUAAAUGAAUAAAGAAAUUUAUAAUGGUAAAUAGAUCAAUGUCAAUUUUUUUUGAAAUAUUCUGCUUAAUAAGUUACAAUAAAGAUUUUUAUGAUCUUAAAUCUAGU